AAGCAUGAUCGUCAAGCCCGGCCCAGCCCAGCCCGGAUCUGAUCUCAUCACGCUCUCUCUCCUUUCCGCUCUCUUCUUUCUGUCUCAAAUUCCACAUUCAAUCCCAUUCCUCACUCUCAGAUCAAAUGCUUCAAAACAAACAUUCCUCUUCCUCAGCUUCACGCUCUUCUGCUUCAUCGCUCAUUAAAUAUCCCUCAAAUUCCAAUUUCGUUCUCACUGUUAUUAUCCUUUAAACACUCGGCGAGAGAAGUGAAAGGGGGCAAAAAGUAAAAAAACAGAGACACACUGCACUUGGCAUCUUUUAUCAGUUAAUUCGUCAAUGUCAUUUGGCAUUAAUGGCGGUGACUUCUAGAGGCUUCUCAACGACGCCGUUUGAUUUCAAGCUAAGACUGAGGCGACUCAAUGUUGCUCUGCUUCCUAACAAUCACGUGCUGGAGUUGGGCCCGAGAAAGCGUAGAAAGCUGUGGUUCGAUGCUGACCGAGUUCGACUCGGUAAUUGCCGUGUGCGCUGCUGUUGCUCCGACUCAGUUACUCCGAUUCGCAGAACGAGUGGACCUGGCAACGGCUCUGACAAGAACGAGGAAAGGAUGUUCGAUCCGAAAAAAACCCCUCACAUUCAUAGAGUGAGGGUUCAAGCUUCCCCUGCUGCAAUGCCUUUCGCUUCUCCACCAUCCUUUCUGAAGCAGGAAAAAUUCUUUCCUCGUUGCACCCCAAGAAAUUCUGGUCCACAGUCCCGUGAUACCCCACCAAAAAGAGACACUGGUAUAGCAAAUGAGAAGGACUGGGGUAUCAGCUUAUUAAAUGAAAAUGUUAAUGAGUCCGGCACUAAUGAGGAUGGGAGUACCUGGUACCGAGAAAGUGGGGAAGAACUUGGUGAAAAUGGAUAUAGAUGUAGAUGGACAAGAAUGGGUGGUCAAUCCCGUGAUGGUUCCUCCGAAUGGAAAGAAACGUGGUGGGAGAAGAGUGACUGGACUGGAUAUAAGGAGCUAGGUGUAGAAAAAUCUGGUAGAAAUUCUGAGGGGGAUUCUUGGUGGGAAACAUGGCAGGAAAAUCUUCAUCAAGAUGAAUGGAGUAACAUAGCAAGAAUAGAAAGGAGUGCGCAAAAACAAGCAAAAUCAGGAACUGAAAAUGCUGGAUGGUAUGAGAAAUGGUGGGAAAAAUAUGAUGCUAAAGGCUGGACUGAGAAAGGGGCACAUAAAUAUGGUAGGUUGAAUGAACAAUCAUGGUGGGAAAAGUGGGGAGAGCAUUAUGAUGGUAGAGGGUCUGUUCUCAAAUGGACAGAUAAGUGGGCUGAAACUGAGCUUGGAACAAAAUGGGGAGACAAGUGGGAGGAAAGGUUCUUUAAAGGCAUAGGUUCUCGACAUGGGGAAACAUGGCAUGUAUCUCCAAGCAGUGAACGUUGGUCAAGAACAUGGGGAGAAGAACACUUUGGAAAUGGGAAAGUCCAUAAGUAUGGAAAUAGCACAACUGGUGAGAGCUGGGAUAUAGUCGUAGAUGAGGAAACUUAUUAUGAGGCCGAACCUCAUUAUGGAUGGGCUGAUGUUGUGGGUGAUUCAAGCCAAUUACUUUCGAUUGAGCCUCGGGAGAGACCACCUGGUGUCUUUCCUAAUUUAGACUUUGGUUCACAUCAAUCGCCUGAAGCCGAUGACUCGACAGAAGAUUUGCCCCCUUCACAAUGAAAGAUCUGAAUUACAAGGUCCACUGUUUAUUUUGUUCAGUUUUAGGGAGAUCUCGUCACAACGAGUGGAACUCAAUUUUUAAUAGAUAUAUUGUGGAUCAAUCAUUUUAUUCAUUCUUUCUAUUUUAAUGUUUUUACUCCCCCCACCCCCUCCUUUUUGGCUUCCCACUUUAAUUAUUAAAAAUUGAUAUGAUAUUUGGGCUGUUGUUGACAUUCAAUAUUUUUUUCUUUGGUACAAGAAUUAUCUGUCAGAAAAAUUUUCUAUCUCUAAUUGCUAUACAUGAACAGAGUUCACUCAAAACUCCAAAUAGACUCGAGCAACAUGCACGUUCGAUUAGUGAAAUAAAAUCCACUUACUAUUGUUACUUGG